AUGAACCACAAAAGUAAGAAGAGAAUCAAAGAGGCGAAGCGGAGUGCCAGACCCGAGCUGAAGGACUCCACAGAUUGGAUAAAACAUGACUACUACGAGACUUUUGACGUCUCGCACCGGACAGUGAAGGAUAAUGUGGAGCGUGCGGACGCGCUGCGCAUCACGCCAGAUGAGUUUAUCCAGCGGUACGAGCGGCCCUAUAAGCCCGUGGUGCUGCUGGGCUGUCAGGAGGGCUGGCCUGCCAAGGACAAGUGGAGCCUGGAGCGCCUCAAGAGGAAGUACCGCAACCAGAAGUUCAAGUGUGGAGAGGACAACGAGGGCUACUCGGUGAAGAUGAAGAUGAAGUACUACAUCGAGUACCUGGAUGCGACGCGUGACGACAGCCCGCUCUACAUCUUCGACAGCAGCUACGGGGAGCACGCCAAGCGCCGCAAGCUGCUCGACGACUACCAGGUGCCGCUCUUCUUCCGCGACGACCUCUUCCAGUUCGCCGGCGAGAAGAGACGGCCACCGUACAGGUGGUUUGUGAUGGGUCCGGGCCGCUCGGGGACGGGCAUCCAUAUCGACCCGCUGGGCACGAGCGCCUGGAACGCCCUCGUGCACGGGCACAAGCGCUGGUGCCUGUUCCCCACCAACACACCCAGAGAACUUAUCAAGGUGACGCGUGAGGAGGGCGGGGCCCAGCAGGACGAGGCGAUCACAUGGUUCAGUGUGAUCUACCCGCGCACGCAAUCCCCCUCAUGGCCCGCAGAGUUCCGACCGCUCGAGAUCCUGCAGAGGCCUGGAGAGACCGUCUUCGUACCAGGAGGCUGGUGGCAUGUGGUUCUGAACAUGGACACCACCAUCGCGGUGACCCAGAACUUUGCCAGCACCACCAACUUCCCCAUCGUCUGGCACAAGACCGUGCGCGGCAGACCCAAGCUCUCACGCAAGUGGUACCGUGUGCUGAAGCAGGAGCGGCCUGACCUGGCUGUGAUGGCUGAUAAGGUGGACCUGCAGGAAUCCACGGGCAUCGCCUCCGACAGCUCCAGCGACUCCUCCUCCUCCUCCUCCUCCAGCUCCUCAGACUCCGACUCAGAGGACUCGGGGUCGGAGGGGGAGCCCAUGUCUCACCGCAGGAAGAAGCGCCGCACCUGCGGCAUGAUGGGUAAUGGCGACAUCUCCGCAAAGGACGACUGCGUCAGCAAAGAGCGCAGCUCGUCACGGUGACAUCAUCGCCCGUCACCACGCCCCCCCUUGCCCCAAGCCACGCCUCCUCGCUUUCUGGCUUAAUCGAUCUCGAGCUUUUCUCCUUCAUCGUGUCUCUCCCUGCUCCCUCUGUUCUCUCGCUCUUUUCCAAAUCCCUCUUGGUCUCCCUAUCCCCCCUGCUCUCUCACAUUCUCUGUCUAUCGCUCUCUCCAUUCCUUCCACCACCACCAUAUCUCCCUCUCUCUCUCCUCCCUCCUCCCUCUCUCCCUUUCUCUCCCUCUCUCUCUCUCUCGCCCUCCCUCUCUCCUUUCUCUCUCUGUCUUUCAUUUCUCCUUCCGACAUUGCCUCUUUCCAUUGUGUGUUCCCCUCUCUCUCUUUCUCUCUUUCUCUCUCUCUCUCUGUCACUCUCUCCAUCUUUCCCUUUCUUCUGUCCUCCCUCCAUCUUGGUGCCAGAUAGCUGCUGUGACCCAGAGGCAGCAAUGCUGAUGCAGUUGCCAUGGGGACGACCCCAUCGAGGGGUCAUCAUCAUCUGCUGCGGCUUGACUGGAAGAUAACAACAAACAACAAUUGUUGUUGUUUUUUUGUUUGUUUGUUUUUUUCGGGCUCCAUUUUCUCUCUCAAUGUGCUGUAGCAUAGAGAAGAAUUGACAGACGCUCCAAAGGACUCUGGGAUAGCACAGGGGUCCUUGGAGGACUGAGUUUGUCUGAGUCUCUCAUCUCUUGGAUGAAGAAGACGAAGAUGAGGAAGGGGAUGAUGAAGACGACGGUUAUGAACUCGUUUGGCUUCAGCGCUCUCUUCGGCACACCAAACUUUCGAGGGCGAACGAUCGCUAACGCUAAAAGACUCACGCUAAAGCCUUCUUCUGCGAUUUUUCUUUUGCCUACGGAUCUCACAGAAGCUAUAUUUUUCAUCAGCAAUUAAUUAACUGAGCAGUGAUUACUUGCUUUGCUUAUUUUAUUGAUUUGUUUUAUUGAUUUGUUUGAUUGAUUGAUUGAUUGAUGAGGAGUUCGUAAAACAUGGCCGCUACACUCCACAGUCAGCCGUCCCUUGGGUGUGUGUGUGUGUGUGUGUGUGUGUGUGUGUGUGUGAGAGAGAUAAUCAGAGCGUGUCACUUAACAGCGGAAACGGAUGCACUAAUUAUUGAGCUGAUGAGGCGGGGUAUAGGGGUGUGUGUGUGUGUGUGUGUGUGUGUGUGUGUGUGUGUGUACUGAUGAGACGGGGUAGACCAAACCCCUUGCUGCUGCCACCGCUUUCCGCUCGAGGAGCUGGUUAUCACACUUCGCUAAGAGAGUGUGUGUGUGUGUGUGUGUGUGUAGGUUGGGAGUAUACAGGAGGCUAGAACCUUUAUAAUCCAGGAUGAACUCCUCCUGCAUCACUUUGCUGUGUGUGUACGCACACACACACAUGCGUCAUUGUCUGUCAAACACCAUAUCCAGCCUGCAGCAUGCGCUGAAAUCUGACGGCAGCAAAAGCUCCUCUCUGUGUCACCCCCGAGGUCUCCAGGUCUACGUUCAGCUUUCCUGUGGUUCGGAACCAGCCUGCUGUGCUCCUGCACUGGGUUUCGUAUGGAUCCGGAUCCCGUAGAAGCUUCCGGGUGUGAUCAGCUGUCUGGUGGCAGCUGUGCCGUGUGUGUGUGUGGGCCGUCCCGGGCUGCUGAGUCUUCACCGCCAGUCCAUCACAGCUGUGCUCAGAGCAGCCAGUCUGCUCCCUGGACAAGAUUAGAUUUGCCCACUGACCACAAUAAUGGGCUGUUGCUCAGCAACCAGACUGGUCACUGUGGUGACGAGAGCAGAAUUCUGGUUGUCAUGGUGUCCACAUCAAACAUUCUCUUGAUUGAGCCUCUUGUUCCUGUCGGACAGAUCAAUCACACUGUGUCAGGACAAACACACACACACACACACACACCACACACACACACUCCCUUUUUGUUUAAUCUCACUUGCUUUGUACUCUUUAGUUGAACUAUACACUCCCUGCACCUCACACACACACACACACACACACUCUCACUACAAACACUUUUGAAUCUGCAACUGAGACCGAUGUUUUUGUUUGCUUUUGUUUUAGUGUAUUUUCCCCUCAUCUGUGUUGUUCUAAUGAUGAGCCAAGAACAACAUGAUUAUGGGUGUUAGGCCACUGGAGAUUUAAUCAACACACACAACACACGGUUAGAUAAAUAUAUUUUUUUUUCACACACACACCUAAUCAACACACUCACACACUCUCUCUUCUAAUGGCUGAUGUGGUGAUAAUAGCCUACCUGGCCCUCCGCUCCCAGGGAGUGCCCUGUUACUGAACGAAGGGGAUUGGCUGAGAUGCCAUCCAAUGGGAAUCUGGCUCUCUAGAUGCCAUCCAAUGGGAGUCUGACUCUCUAGAUGCCAUCCAAUGGGAGUCUGACUCUCUCACCUGCUCUUUGCCGCACUACCGUCUUAGGCCCGGCACAGAGACGCAAGCCCAGGUGCACUCUGGGUAAUCAAGUUUAAAGCCAGCCUGAGCCAGACACAGACACACGCCCAGAUGCAUUCUGGGUAGCAGAUGUCAAAGCCAGCGCGUAGAUGUGUGAGAUCAUGGUCACAUGAUGGUGUGUCUGAGCGGGCAACUGAUCAGCGGAACUCUGGAUCGUGACCCUUCACCCCUCACCCCUGGAGAGCGGCGGGCGAGGUGUGUGUGCCACCUCUCUGUGGUGUGUUUGUUUGGCAUGUCUGUGUGUGCUCACAGCUCACGCUUAGUUUGGUGCCACUCGACCCAACAGAAGCACUUGGAUGUGGUCGGGCCUGGACGUGGUCCAGAGUUAGCUGAUCAUCUUUUCUGGCCGAUCGUCGGCGUUUAGGCCGAUCUUUCUGGCCGAUCGUCGGCGUUCAGUUCGAUGUUUCUGGCCGAUCGUCUGCUUUCAGUUAGCUGUUUCUGGCCGAUCGUCUGCGUUUAGUUAGCUGUUUCUGGCCGAUCGUCUGCGUUUAGUUAGCUGUUUCUGGCCGAUCGUCAGCGUUUAGUUAGCUGUCCCCUCGAUACCUGCUGCUGCUACGGAGUGUCUUUGUCUCCUUAAAUGCCGUCGUGCUUUCAUUGUUCUGAGCUCAGUGCCGUUAGACGCGUUAGCGAACAUAUCGACUGAGUCUGGAGGUUCAGAACCUCGUCCAGGUGCCUGCAGGCUCUGGCCUGAAAUGCACCUGGUUCUGGCCCACAGCCCGGGCCCAAAUGCUGUUGAAAAUCCUAUUUCCCAGGCUGCAGAGCCGACUCUUCCCCGAGUCCAACAAAUCAUGCUAUUCUCAUAUUCCUGUUUCAGUCCACGACUGUGUGGCCGUGGGUUCAGAGGCAUCAUCUGACGAUAUCUCCAGUGAUUGAUUCUUCCGCAUUGUGAAGGUUCUUUGUAGUCGGUUAAAAGAAAAGGAGUCAGUGUUGGGUCUUUGUAUAAAACACACACACACACACACACACACACACACUCUUGAGAUCUGGAGAAUUCUCUCUCCCCCUUAGAUCCGUAUCAGCGGUUCACUCUUUGUGCAGUAGGGGGCAUCAGUGUGCCCCUGUGUAACACACACACACACACACACACACACACACACACACACACACACACACACAGACACAGACACACUUUCCACACUAAACAGCAUUUUCAAAAAUCAGCGUUUAUUGUAUACAAGGUUAAAUUGUGCAGUCUCGUGGUAGAGCCAUCUUCAGAAUGGUCCAUCUGGACAGCUGUGAAGACCAUGGCGUGAGCGUGUCUGUAGGGCCCAGCAUUCAGACCCCCAUAAGCGGUGCCCAGUAGCUGCUAACUGACCUGUGUGUGUGUGUGUGUGUGUGUGUGUGUGUGUGUGUGUGUGUGUGUGUGUGUGUGUGUGUGUGUGUGUGUGUGUGUGUGUGUGUGUGUGUGUGUGUGUGUGUGUGUGUUGAUCAGUUGUGUUAAAAGGUUAAAAGUGCUGUGGCUGCUGUGUUGUGUGUGUGUGUGUGUGUGUGUGUGUGUGUGUGUGGAGUCAUGUUGCUGUUUCUUCAUAGCUUCUGUUCCACUAAAAGUGCCUGUUUUGUGCGCCAGGUAGUUUUGUCUGAUUGUUCGUUUGUUUGUUUGUUUGUUUGUUUUUGUUUUCAUGGUGUCUGGUUGUGGCCAAGCAGAGUGGGAGAGUUCAAUAUGCUGCUUCCUGUGUGAGCCGGCAUUCUUAAAGGUGACGUGCAUCAGGUGAUGUGCAUCAGGUGAUGUGCGCUUGUUUGGUCUGCGAAGAGAGCUUUUUGAAAACGAGUCGUGGACGCCUGCACCUGAUUGGUCCUGUGUGGCGGUGAACCCUGUCAGGCCACUGCUGAUUGGUUCGCUGCCUCCGCAGCUCAACGCCGAGCUUCUAGAAUGGGGUGCUUGUGUUGACUGUUUCCACCCUUGAGGAUCAGGUGUGAAAAUGGAACCACUCCCUCAUGGAAACGGGCGAAAAGGAAAAAAAUAAAUACUUAUUGAUUCAAUAAAUUUUUCUAUGU